UUCUUGGCAGUCGGAGUCUCAUCCAGGCCAGUCUUGCAACAACUUCAUGGCGUACGCCAUGUCUCACAUGGGCAGGGCGACGUCGGACGUGGCCUACAACCCGGCGGCUCCACCAGAGGCCUACACAAACCCAAGCAUCCACGCGCGCAUCAAUGCGUACACGGAGGUGGGAAGGGCGCUCCACGGGGAGACUUGGGAUCCGACCACCGCACCACUCUUCGGAGAAGCCAUCAUGAGGGUGGGACAAGGGAAGAAGCACGGGCGGUACUUGAUCGCCAACAGCUUGGUCGACACGGCGAGUACGCCCAGUCUCUCGCAGCUUAGGGCAAGUACCACCGACUCGACCCCGCCCAUUCGCCCACGGCCUGAGACUUCAGUGGCCAGCGUGCACCAGAGACAUGCCGAGAUGGAGGCAAAGUUUGAGGAGGAGAGGAGGUGCCGACUGGAGAUCGAGGCCAAGCUGGAGCAGGAGCGGAAGCUGAGGGAGGAGCAGUCGGUUAUGUUGCAAAGCAUGGUCACCUGGAUGCAAGGACUUGGCGCGUCGAUGAACUAUGCGACGCCGCCUCCUCCCUUCGUCUUACCAGCUCAGCCUUACUUUCCUGCAGGACCUUCUGACACUCCAAAUCAGUCGUGGAAUGCAUCGAACGACCCUCCUCCGGACCAGAACUCGCCGGCCGCCCAGUGGCCAACUUGGCCCCACAGACCUGAGCAGUGAGUGCCUUGUAGUACUAGUGUAUUGGACUUAUUAUACGUAUCGGACUAUAUUCUGUUUUAUGGACUAGUGUUAUGUAUCGGACUUGUGACAUAUGUGGACUAUAUUCUAUGUGAUGGACUUGUGUUAUGUAUCGGACUCGUGUUAUGUAUUGGACUUGUGAUAUAUGUGAUGGACUGUGUUAUUUGUAUCGA